AUGCAGUUUGCGCCUGAUAUGAUCACCGUAAAAAGGCUUGUUUGCGAUGAUAUUCGGCGCAAGUGUGUUAAUAAUGCGAUUGAACACUUGUGUGAAGCAGCUGUGACGUCAACGCAUUCCCAUAUAGUCGACGUGUGGAGAAGUUGGCGACACCCCGCAGCAGUAGACACUCCCACAUACCCGAAGUCUGGUACCCAUCUACUCAAUACCGGACUCCGGGAAGCAACACUGCCUCUGCACGUUUGGGGCAAAUCCGGACUGAAACAUUCGCCAUCCGAGGCCGUAGAACGGAACGAUCAUUCCAACGGGAAUAGCAAGCCUGAUGGUGAGGUCCGCGAUAACGGAUUCAAAACAAAUUCGGCCAACUAUAAGGUCACCGCACAUGCUAUGGAUGAAGGAAUACAUGUGCCCGAUGACGUUGCAAUUGCACUUUGUGGGCGUGAUGGGAAGAAUGCGACCUUACCGAGACGUAUUGUCGGUGCGGCGGAUUUAGUAACGCACACCUACUCCAUAUCUGGCUUAAUACGAGACACAGGCACAUUUCGUAAAUUGACGGUUGAAGAUCUACAUAACAUGGAAUUCCUCCACUCCGAGACCAGACACGAAGUGGUACGACCUCGUCUUUCCAACCCCUUUAGCCUAUACAAUGGGACCUUUAACAGAACGGCGCUCGAGAAUUUAAGGGAAUGGUCUAACUUAGAUGUGUUAAAAAACCGGAUGUAG